CCUAACUCAGUCCGCACUCGACACACAAACAACAAACAACAACCGCUCCUCCUCACACAAACAACAACAACGAACUGGCUGCUAUCCAGAUUAUCAAAAGAGACCGUAGGUAGUAAGAUGACAGACAGUAAGCACAAUGGUAGUGCUACCGGUAUGCCGCACUCUACGUUGGCAACAAUCCGUGACGACGACGACGACGACAAUGUGAGUUUGCAGUCCAUCGAAUCGGGGGUAUCGGGUGGCAGCACCCACGAUGGUGGCGAAGACGCGGAGGAGAAAUCUCAAGAAAACGCCAUGAUUGGCCAAGGCGAGACCAUGAUGGUGAAUCGUUCGAAAUGGAUCGUCUAUCUGGUGAUUGCACUGUCGGCCAUGGUGGCGGGUAUCUUGACGUUUUACUUUGUCCAGGAAUCGGAAAAGCGGUGGUACGAAGAUGAAUUUGAAGAUUUGUCGGUGGAUAUCUUUGAUUAUACACAAGUCAACAUUAACAAACUCCACGAAGCGGCGCAUUCCGUCGCCGAUUCCUGGACGUCCUUUGGUAUUCACGAGGAACAGCUUUUAUAUCUCCAAAUCAAUCAAGAACAAGAACAGCAAGAUGAACAAGAAGAUGAUGAACAAGAUGAUGAACAAGAUGGCAACUUGACAACCACCGCUCUAUCCGCCAAACAACAACCACAAGAUCAGCAACCACAACAACAACUCUAUUAUUAUAAAGACCAAGCCCCCGCACGGUUGAAUGCCAAUGUGACAUUUCCCAAUUUUGGACUCGUCGCGGGAAACCUGGCGUCACUCAGCAAGGCGGAAAUCUUGUUUGUUGCGCCGUUGGUACAAGAAACCCAACGACAAGGAUGGGAACACUAUGCCGUGCAACAUCAGGAUUGGAUUAUUCAGGAUCUACUAGUGGCACAACUCAACAAGGAUUCCGUCAAUGGUGGAGGUGGAGGUGAUAGUGGGAGUGGAGAUGGAGAUGGGAGUGGAGAUGGCAGUGGUGAUGAAAGCAAAGACGGGGAGAGCCAUGAGAGUGAAGAUGGCGAUAACAGUCAUGAAAGCGAAGAAGAUAACGACCAAGGUGGAGAACCUGAUAGUGAGGAAGGAGAGGGAGACAAUCAAGGCAACACUCGCAGAAAGCUUCAAGAACAAGACGACAACGAAAGCGAACCCGACAACGACAACGACAACGAGCAGGAUGAAGAUGAGCCUGAUCAGGAGGGAGACGAACAUGAUUCGGAAGAAGGAGAAGAACACGGCGAAAGCGACGAAGAACAUGAUGACAGCCAAGAUGGACAGGGCGAUAGCAGCGAAGAGGGGGGUGACGGUACUAGUAGUGAAGACCAUAGCCAAGAUGGAGACAGCAAAGACGGAGAAAGUGGAGACAGUGAAGACGACGAAGAAUUCGAAGGACCCGGCAGAAUUCGAGAAACAAUCUACGGAAGCAACUCCAUGUUCGAAUUUCAUUUGCCCAUUUGGCAAACGUUUCCACCGCCACCCAAAGCCAGUACAUCGCCCAUUAUGCUCGAUCUAUUGGGAUUGGAAUGGUUCCCCGAAGUUCUGGCCGAAAUUAUCAAUACCAAAACAUACGGAGUUUCUCCCAUCUUUACCGAUCUCAAUACACUCAUUCUCUAUCAAGAAUCCGACAGUGCCGAUGACCCGAGAAUGCGAGAACCCAAAAGUCUACUCGUACAACCCAUUUUUGAUGGAUUGAUCGAGGCGACCUCCAGUGUAGCUGGAGUCGUUGUUUCGGUCAUUGAAUGGAGUGACUACAUGGACGUGGAUCUGGGAGGCAAAACGUCCGGUAUGAUUGUCGAUUUGGAAUAUGUCUGUCCGGGGACCGACACCGUACGCUACUCGGUCGCCAAAAGUGGAAGGAACACGCUGGAUCUCGGACGGGAUUAUCCUCAUGACCCCAAGUACGACCACUUGGUGCAGCGCAAAAAGCUCCAGCGAAACAAUGGAGGAGGCAGUGAUGACGGGUCUGGAGAUGGCUCCGAAGAUGGCUCUGGAGAUGGCAACGACUCGGAGGAUCACAACGAAGACGGCGACAAUGACUCCUCCGAGGACGGCCGAAGACGCAUUCUUGUCGAUGACACUGAUAGCGAGGAUGGCCAAGAUUCCGAGGAUGGAGAGUCCCAUCAUCAUACAACAACAACAUGCGCAUACUAUGUCUCAACACACAUGACGGACUUAUUUGUCGAGAACCAUGCAACCAAUGAUGCUAUAAUCUACACCGUGGUUGUCUGUUCCAUCUUUAUCCUCACUGGCCUGGUGUUUCUGCUCUACGACUUUUUGGUCGAACGGAGGCAAAACACUGUCAUGAAGAGUGCGCUGCGAUCGGAUGCACUCGUUUCAUCUCUGUUCCCUGAAGAUGUUCGGAAUCGCAUUUAUCAAGAAAUGGACUCCAAGGCAAAGUCAAACGAUGACGAAGCUGCCUGGAAAAACAACAACAAAGAGAACAGUGGCGGUGCUGUCGCUGGUGCUGCUGUCGCUGGCGGCGGUCCGGACAGCAGUAACCGAGAAUACGAUGACAGUGCAGCCAUUGCUCGAAAAUACCCCGAGACCACUAUUUUCUUCGCAGAUCUCGUCGGAUUUACCUCUUGGAGCAGCUCCAGAGAACCGACCCACGUGUUUCAGCUUCUGGAGGCGCUCUAUGGCACAUUUGACAGAAUUGCAUCCAAGCGCCGCGUCUUCAAAAUCGAGACUAUUGGGGAUUGCUACGUUGCCGCUUCGGGACUACCGAAACCGCAGCCUGAUCACGCCUUGAGAAUGGUGAAAUUUGCAAACGACUGUCAAACCAAAAUGCCUCUUGUACUUGCCGGUUUGGUGGGCUCUUUGGGUGAAGAUACUGCUGGCUUGGCCAUGAGGAUUGGGCUUCACAGUGGACCUGUUACAGCCGGGGUUCUGCGAGGGCAAAAGUCUCGAUUUCAGCUCUUUGGAGAUAGCGUAAACACAGCAGCUCGUAUGGAAAGUAAUGGUAUGAAGGAUAGGAUCCAUGUCUCAAAAGCAACUGCCACUCUCCUUGUCGCUGCUGGCAAGGAAGAUUGGGUUACGGCUCGGGAAGAUCUCGUGGAGGCCAAGGGUAAAGGAAAAAUGCAAACAUACUGGGUCAAAGUCUCGAGGAGAGCGGCGUCCAUGACCAACUCAACAAGUCUCGACUCGAGUAUGGCCCUCGAGGGUUACCGGUUUGAUCCUUCCAACCGCUACAGCGAUGAUGCUUCCAAUCGCUACGGCGAUGAUCCUUCCAUCCGCUUCGGCGAUGGGAAUGACCUGAACGAUGACGACAAUGACUUCAACUUGGACGACAAGUUCCAAGAUGACUACGAGAUACCCAUUGCACACGCAACUACCAUGCCCGAGACGGUCGCCCCCGAGCCCGUCAAGGCUCCCUUUGAGGUUGAGGUGUAGGCGAUUGGUACCCUACCUUUCUUGGUUACGUGGUCGUGAGGACACCACCUCCUCUCGUCUCGGUUACGAACCAGGGCCCUCCACGCAAGUUUCCACGCCGACAGGACUCUUUAGCGUCUCCAUGUUCAAGCAUUCGGUUUCCAUUUCAAUUCGGUUACCUACGUCCUCCUCCUCUUUGACGCAAAAUCCUCCUCUUCGCAAGACUCCCGCUGAAUUUUGCCUGUUGCUUUGUCUUGCGUUCCAUUUGGGCGCUGGGUAAUAUAGUGUGCCCGACCUGUAAAGUAGACCUUCGAUUUACAUUUUGU